CCAAGCUGCUGCUAGCCAGGCAGCGUCCUGCAGAGCGCGGGUGCUGAAUCGCAGGCAAGCUCUGGGAAGCAGGAACCAGCUCUUGGCAGCUGGUUUGUGCUGGGAGGAUUUGAAAGCGGGACCCGGCGCCGCUCGGCUCUGCCCCGCUCCCGGCAGCGGCAUGCACGGACCCAGCCUCUGGAGCCUCCUCGCUCCCGCGCUGCUGCUCAGCUGCUGCGCCGCCUGGGAGGAGAAGGGGUCCCCGCGCCCGAGGGGCGUCUCGCAGCGCAGCCCGCUUUCCCCGGGGGCCGCGGUGACCCACACCGCCCGCACGCCCGGGCUCCGGGGCUCGGCCUCCAACGCGUCCGGCUCGGCUGUGCCCGGGAACGACCCCGGCCGAGCCCGCUCGCUGUCUCCGCCCAUGUGCACCGGGCAGACGGAGGUGAAGGAGACGUUCAAGUACAUCAACACGCUGGUGUCCUGCCUGGUGUUCGUGCUGGGCAUCAUCGGCAACUCCACGCUGCUGCGCAUCAUCUACAAGAACAAGUGCAUGAGGAACGGCCCCAACAUCCUGAUCGCCAGCCUGGCCCUGGGGGACCUGCUCCACAUCACCAUCGCCAUCCCCGUCAACGUGUACAAGCUCCUUGUAACAGACUGGCCCUUUGGAGUUGAAAUGUGUAAACUGGUACCCUUCAUUCAAAAGGCAUCGGUGGGCAUCACUGUGUUAAGUUUGUGUGCCCUCAGUAUUGAUAGGUAUCGAGCAGUUGCUUCCUGGAGCCGAAUCAAAGGAAUUGGAGUGCCAAAGUGGACUGCCAUUGAAAUUGUAUUGAUCUGGGUUAUGUCAGUAGUCUUAGCUGUUCCUGAAGCUAUAGGUUUUGAUAUGAUUGUUAUGGAAUAUAAAGGAAAGCAUCUUAGAAUCUGCAUGCUUCAUCCCACACAAAAAACAUCCUUUAUGCAGUUUUACAAGACAGCUAAAGAUUGGUGGCUGUUUAGCUUUUAUUUCUGUUUGCCAUUGGCCAUCACAGCACUUUUUUAUACUCUGAUGACCUGCGAGAUGUUAAGAAAGAAAAGUGGAAUGCAGAUUGCUUUAAAUGACCACUUAAAACAGAGACGCGAGGUGGCCAAAACUGUGUUCUGCCUGGUGCUUGUCUUUGCCCUGUGUUGGCUCCCCCUUCACCUAAGUAGGAUUUUGAAGCUCACUAUAUAUGAUCAAAGAGACCCCAAUAGAUGUGAACUUUUGAGCUUUUUUCUUGUAUUGGACUACAUUGGUAUUAACAUGGCUUCGCUGAAUUCCUGCAUUAACCCAAUAGCCCUGUAUUUGGUGAGCAAAAGAUUCAAGAACUGCUUUAAGUCAUGUUUGUGUUGCUGGUGCCAAUCCAAAGACAUGCUGUCCCUGGAGGAAAAACAAUCCUGCUUAAAGUUCAAAGCUGAUGAUCAUGGAUAUGAUAAUUUCCGCUCCAGUAAUAAGUACAGUUCAUCAUAAACAAGUAUAUGCUCUGAAAUUAAUUUCAGUGCCUUUAUUUGAGUCAGACUGACAAUUGCUGUUAUAAAUUAAGAUAGUAGAGCUUUUGAAAAAAUCUAGUUUUCUGUUUGCACAAAAAGUAAAUAAAAAAUUGAUUGCCCACAGUAACAUAACAUUCAUAAUUAUGCAUGGUAUCAUGAAGAACAACAGCAGAAACAACUAAUUGUUAAAGCACUUAAAUUCUUUGGAUCAGCAAUUCUAGACCAUCCUCACUUCUGGUAUAUCAGUCAUUUGUAUUCAUUAUAAGCGCCUUAGGAACUAGAGCCACAAUUCUUACUAAAUAGCAAACCAUAUAUUUUGUUGGAUCAAAGCCAAUAUUGUAUAUAACUCAAUGUAUUAUAUUUGUAAAGCAGAUUGAGUGUCUAAAUUGUUUUUAAAAAUCAAAUCCAAAAUACUUCAUAGCACAGUUUAAACAAACACACAAAAAAAGUACUUUUAUCAGGAAUGUUACACUACUAGGUGAGAACAAUACUAACAGGAUACAGUCAAGUUAAAAAUCACACUUCUGUCUAAAUAUUUUUACCUACUACUAUUACAGGUAACAUUUAAGGUCACUACAAAUAUUGUUCUCCCUUAUCAGUUUGUUUAUUUCUUGCAUUUGUGGCAGCACUUUUAAUAGUCCAUUUCACUGUUUCCCCAGUUAUUUGACAUAGUGUUUCACAUAAUAGAGGAGAAAAACAUUUUUAAAUGGAGAAAAAUAUGAUUGCAGAACCAUAACAAUUCUGCAGAGUCGCCGAAAUGAAUGAUUUUUUAAAUUGAUUAGAUCUCAAGUUUACAGCAUCCCUUUUAAACAAUGAGCCUUCAAGUAAUUGACUGUAGUUUAGCCAACUUUAUUUUUCUAGAGAUUACAAAUGAAAUUGAUUUCUCAUGGGAAAAAUCAGAAGCAAUCUAAAUGAUGGCUGGGGAAAAGAACCCUUAAUAUAUAUAGCAGAUAGUACAAAAUGGUAGACAGAGCCUUUUGGGUUCUAAUUGUAUUUAGUUCUGCUAGGUCUUUAAGAAAAUAUUCACAAACUGUACUUAAAAGGCAAGUACUACGUCAUGUAAUUCUUGAUAUUGUUAUAAAAUGUUUUUUCUUUCCAUGUGGUAAUAGCAUUUGUUUCUACUUCUGUAAAUAUUUUAGUGAAGUAUAAUUAACUGUAAAAUAUUAAAAUAUGGGCAGGACCCUAUAAGAAUAGAGAGAGAUAAAGAUGCCUGCGGUAAACAUGAUGUGUAUUGCCAGGAGCAGUUCACAUUUUGUGUCUGCAUGGCAGACUAAUGCUUGUCUUUUUUAAAUAGUUUAAUCCAAGCAACUCAUGUGUUAAGUCUUUUGCUAGUACUAGUUACCAAUACUAGCAUUAGUAAAAGCAUGACUCUUUGGCUUUGCAUCUCCAAUUGAUUUGUCGCAGAUUCUCCAAAAAAAUUUAACACCUUUCAAGCAGUAAAUCAUGAGCUUUUCCUACAAAUAUCAACAGAAAACAUUUUGAAAGUGAGAAAUGUUUUCAGCACAUACCAUACUUUAUUAUAAUACAGUAUUUGUCAAACUCAGGAAUUUUCCUACCUUCCAACUGUCAAGUGUAAGAAUCCCUCGUACACCUUGUCCACAAAGUGCCUUAGAUAUUCUCAGGAUUAAAACAGUUUGAAUCAGAUCUUCAACUUGUGUAAAUUGGCGUUGCUCCAUUGGAAACUACUGGAGUUAGGCCUGUUUACGCCAGCUGAGGAUCGGGGGGGUGAGUGUGUUUUCCAUUGUUAGUUUGCUGUUUUCAUCACCCUUUGCCCAUAAACCCAACUACAAUACACUUAACAGAAUGAAAUACAUGGGAGGUUGUUUCUUUAAUCAGAAACACAAAGUAAGAAGUCAUUCAAGAUGUGUUCUGCCAAUUCCUAAAGUAGAAAAAUAGUUUUUUAAAGUAAAAAUAAUUCCUUUUCUUGUGCACGAGAAGUCAAUAAUUUGACUAGUAUACCAUGUAAAUAUUAUGAAUGUUCAACACACUGUUUAUUUUAUCAAUUUUCACAUUGAGACAUGAAUUAAUGCAAAUAAACAAUUAUUUCUGUGAAAUGCAUUUCAUGUAUUAAAAAUGGGUAACCAACUAAAUCCUAAAUUUGAUACUGGUCAGUGUUAUUUUCAUAAAGUUGUAUCAUUACAAUAUUGUACAUGUAUAUUAUUUUUAUUUCUGUUGAAAUGUAGCUGCUGUAGUCUACAACUGUGUAACAUAUUUUUUGUUUUUCCUGGACUAGUUCCUUGUUAAGUUGAACCCUCAUAGGCCCAGACAUUUAGGUAUUGCAGACAAAGGGCAUGUGCACUGCCUAAUUUUUAAGAACAUAAUAUAUACUUAAUGGAAAACAUUUCUUUAAAUUUCCAGUAUUUACAAAGCAGUAUUUUUUCCAGCAACUAUAUUUUUCCUGUAAUAACAAAACCUGCUACUUACAUGGGUUAAAAAAAAAAAAAAACAAGGGAAAACACAAGAGAAUCUGUGUUCUAGCUAGAAACCAAGAUAUGAAGGAUGGGAUUUUCAACAGUCCUCAGUGUUGGCAAGUCAAUGGAAGUUUAACUAUUGGCUUCCGUAAGAGCAGUUAGGCCACCACUUGGAGCUUUUAAAAUACCUAUCUGAAAUUUGCUACCUGUCCUAUCAUCCUUGAAUAAAUAGUAAAUGAAAAAUGUGUUUUCGAGGCUGAGGCAUUAUCUAGAUUAGUGAUGAGGUGAAAGGAAGUGAAAUUAACUCUGGUGUAAAGAUCUAGGCUGGCAGACAUCUUGUGUAUCCUCUCUCAGCCAUAUGAGGCACCUGUACACCAUUAGGUACCAUGAGAAAGGUCUGUGCACUAUCCCAGAAGAGCCUGGCAUAGCAGGCCAACAUGACAGGGAGCCAGAGAAAGGAUCCUAGAUUCCUCAGCCCUGGUACCCUGUGCAAUGGCCACAGAGCAACUUAAAACUCUAUUUUGAUCCCAAAGCUAGAUUAACAGCCUCAGAGGGGGCUACCCUGGGCAGUGGGUGAACCCCCAUUCGGGGAGGCUAACCCACCAUCCCUGCCCCUUCUGUCCACAGCACCCCCUCCCCACAGCCACAGCCCCGAAGCCCUCCCACCCCCAGUGGCUGGAGGAGCCCUAGCCCAGCCACUCCAAGCCGGUGACCAGGCCAAGUCCUAGGCCACCAGCCAGCCCCAGCGCUGGGCCGAGCCAUUGGCCUGAGCACCGGCCGCUGGCAAGCCCAAGCUCCAGGCUGCCAGCUAGAGCUGAGCUGCCGCUGACUUCAGGGGAGAGAGAGGCAGGGCCUCAGGGCGGAACAUGGAUAGGGCCAUGCCGUGGGGUAAGGGGAAGCCCUGGCCUUUGAUACCAACCACCCAUGGGGGCUACGCAGGAGCUUUGUGCUUUGGCCAUGAGUUAGCGGUUGGCUUUCACCUCCUCAUCUUUGCGCUCCACCCACAUAGUGCCUUAUGUGAGUGAAGUGGGUUUCAUGCUGGGUGAAUUGCACUGAUACACUGGUACUGCAUUUAGGAAAAAUCAAAUGCAAAUACAGUGUUAGUACGUAGUGUCCAUUGUAUGUUGUUGGUAUUUAACUAUCCCAAACAGCUUUUCAUAGACAUGUACUGGCUAUCCCAAGACGCAGAUGGUUAGCAGUGGAAUGUUGUGUGUACCUACAUGAAAAUGUAAAAUCAUUUUUUUUCUUUAUUGUUGUGUAUAACCAUGUAAAAUAAUUAUAUAUUUUGCUUUUUAUGGUCACUAAAAUAGCAACUUUUGUGGUUGCUCCAGUGUAAACAAACUG